AUGAUGGUUUACCAGAGCUUCACUGUUACCAAUGGAGUACCCCUUCAUGAUGACAUCACAGAGCUGGUGCAUGUUGGGAACCUUGAGCUUCUUCUUCUGUUUGAAGAUGCUCCACACCAGCUGAACACCAGUCCAUCCCCAGCCUCAGCUCCUUUAGCCAAGCAGUCGUCCUGUCAGAGCCGAAGAUGGCGGAGAGUUUGUAGAGACGUAAAACUGCUCUGUGCCAAUGGAAGCUACAACCCCGGAGAUGUCCAGACAUCGGGAAUGAAUGGAGGCGCACAAGGAGUUGUACUUGCCAAGAUCCUGAUAUGUGCUCGAGAUGAGUGGCGGCUAGGGUGUGACAAGCGUCGGAGGGAGCAGGAGAGCAAGUACAUCGAGGAACUGGCUGAGCUCAUCUCUGCAAACCUCUCCAAUAUCGACAGCUUCAAUGUGAAACCUGACAAGUGUGCCAUCCUCAAGGAAACUGUGAGGCAGAUCAGGCAGAUCAAAGAGCAAGGAAAAAGCUCUUGUAGUGACGAUGAUGUCCAGAAAGCAGAUGUUUCGUCUACUGGUCAAGGGGUUAUUGAUAAAGACCACCUUGGCCCACUGCUUUUACAGGCAUUGGAUGGCUUCCUCUUUGUGGUAAACCGUGAAGGCAGCAUUGUGUUUGUAUCAGAUAAUGUAACACAGUAUCUACAAUACAAGCAAGAGGAGCUCAUAAACACAAGUGUUUACAAUAUAAUUCAUGAAGAUGACAGAGAAGAGUUUCACAAGAACCUCCCCAAGACCAACGCACCAAAUGGAGCGCCAUGGGUUGGAGAGACUCUUCGGCAGAGAAGCCACACUUUUAAUUGCCGUAUGCUUUUAAAUAGGCCUCCAGAUGAAAGAGCUGGGGGCCAACAUUAUGAAACUAUGCAGUGUUUUGCCCUCACUCAACCACGAGCCAUGAUGGAGGAGGGAGAAGAUUUUCAUUCCUGUCUCAUUUGUGUGGCCAGACGAGUCACUACUGUCGAGAGAGCAGAAAGAUUUAGCACGCGUCAUGAACUAUCUGGUAAGUUGAUUGAAAUCGAACAGCAGGCGUCCCUUCAUACAACAAUGCGGCCGGGCUGGGAGGACUUGGUGAGGCGCUGUAUGCAAAUGUUUCUCCAUCGCAGUGAGGGACAGCCUUGGUCUUACAAACGCCAUUAUCAAGAUGCUUUGCUUACCGGUCAUUCAGAGACUCCUCUGUACCGUUUUUCACUCUCUGAUGGCACCGCAGUCUCAGCCCAAACCAGGAGUGACCUCUGUCGGAAUCCUAACUCCAGUGAACCGCCUACUUUUCUCUCCACACACCUGCUGCAAAGGGAUCCAAAUAGUUAUCGGGGAAAUCCAGGUGGAGCCAUGAGGCCUCCAAACAUUGGAGUGAUGACCCAGAAUCAGCAAAUGAACAGAGGAUAUGGAAUGGCAGAUCACAGAGGACUGCCUCCGUACACUGCAGGAAACCGUCUGAAUCACAUGAAUCAAAUGCAUCACAUGAGCAACAUGGCUCAGAUGAAUUCUAUGCAUCCAAUGAACUCGCCCAUGAACUCCAUGAACCAAAUGGGACAGGUGAAUCAGAUGGGGCCCCAUGGCAUGCAUCAGCAGAUGAGUCCAUUUCACAGUGGCUCUGGUGGUGGCGGAGGAUAUGGAAUGGGAAUGACCAGCCCCACUCCAGCCAGUCCCGGGAUGAAUGGUCCUCCUCAUAAUGUCAUGGGGUCACCUCGAGUCCGGCUAAGCCCAAAAUUGGGGUCGAGUCCUUUUUCCCCUGGUGGUAUGAACUCUCCUAUGCAUCAAACUAGCUCAGGGGUUGGAGGGGCCACAUUCUCCAGUAGUUCUUUAAAUGCUCUCCAUGCCAUAAGUGAGGGUGUGGGCAACCCAAUGUCCUCCCCCCUCACAUCCCCCCCUACACAUAAACCUGACAGUUCACAGAGUAUUAACUCAACCAACCAAGUAUCAGGUGGCACCUGUAAGCCUAGCCUGUUCAGUCAGUCUAAUUCUGAUUCUAAGAGCCCAAGUGUAGAGCCGUCACAGCAUCAUACGCCCCCGAGUGAAGGACUAGAGGACCAACCUGACAGUCAAGCCCAGCCUGGGGGAGAUGCACACAGAAGAGCCCCUGACGGCAAGUGCCACAAGAAACUUCUGCAGCUCCUCAUAUCACCGACCGAUGAACUGAUGCCUCACACCCCAGGCUCUGGGCCUAGUUCUACGGCUGAUGCUAAAGAUGGAAAUGGCAGCGCUACUAGUCCGUCAUCCUCAACUGGUGUGUCCUCCUCUACAGGAGCGGUAUCUUCUUCUGUUGGGGCAGGGAACUUGUCCAGUCAGUCUUUGCAAGAAAAGCACAAGAUCCUGCACAAGCUUCUACAGAAUGGCAACACCCCGGAUGAAGUGGCACGGAUCACAGCAGAGGCUACUGGGAAAAGUAGCCUAGAAAGUGGAGGAUCAGAGAUUGGCCCACCAACAGCUGGGGCGGUUUACGGAUCAGAGUCCAAAAUGGAACAGCUCAGUCCUAAGAAGGAAAAGUCCCAUGCCCUCUUGCACUACCUUCUCAAUAAGGAUGACUCCAACAGUGGAGACAGUGGUGACAUCAAGCCUAAGCUGGAAGCGCCAGAAAGAAGGGGCCCUCCGUCCUCGGGGGCCACCAUCUCUGAAACCUGCUCACUAAACGGCAAGGUGAAGUUGGAGCCAUCAGAUGAGUCGGAAACCCUUGAAACAAUUCUUGGAGUUCCUCGAACAAAUUCUGGCUUUUUCUCCGAGCCUGAUUCAAGAACUGGGAAUGAUGUUGAAAACCCACAAAGAAGCACAACUGAUGAUUUUCAUGAUGCUGAGCGGGUUGCCAUGCCUCCAGGCCAGCGCUCUGCCUAUCAAAGGGCUUUAUCUGUGGAUUCUAAGCCCGUGACCGGACCUGUUUCUGUCAGUGCUUUGGCCGGAAGAAGAAAUGUUCCAUGUCCCCCUCUUAUGAACCCGGACUCUCUGCUUCGACCUGGGGGAAUGCCCAAUGGCUUUUCUGGGAACAUGGGUCUCCGUGCACCCCAAACAAAUCAACGAGGCGUGGGGAGAGGUAUGGGAAUGUUACCACGAUCUGGGGUGAGUGGACCAGGAGACUGGGGUAUGCAGAGAUCCCCAGCUGCUAGUGGUCCUCUACCCACCGGCAUGGGUCGUCCAGCCUCAAUGGGGGGCCCAAUGAUCAAUCGUUCAAAUAGUGUGCCUGGAGCCACAAGAUCUAUGCUUCAGCAACAGCUCAUGGAGAUGGGUCCUAAUGAAUCCAAUUUGGGAAUGAGUGUGUUUGGUAGCUCCACCCCACAGUCGCCUUCAUGGCCUGAUUCUUCAAUGGGAGUGGAUCGACUGCAGAGCCGUGCUCACAGAGACCAGUUUGGUCUUAGUUUGGACGAGCUGCUUGGACCCCCGGCUGCAAGUGAAGGUCCAAAUGAUGAGCGUGCUCUUAUAGACACGCUGGACUGCCUGCUCAACACGGCUGACGUCAUGGCCCUGCAGGAGAUCGAUCGAGCUUUGGGGAUUCCUGAUAUUGUUGGCCAGUCUCACGGCUCUGAAGGACCUCAAAGAGGGCAGGAUCAGAGCCAGGCUCGAUGUCCACCAUCAGAACCUUUUGUGGCACCAGAUUCUUCCAUUGGAAUGGACCACAAACCGAUGUACCCCCAGGGCUACCCUGGACCACCCUCCAUGAGCAUGCAGCCUGGCUACAGACCCAGUACAAUGCAGGGACACUCACCUGGAGGCUUCAACCCAAUGGGGAACCAAAUGAACCAUACCACAGGAUUUCCCGGCAUGGGGAACACGGGAAACCCUCGGCUUAACAUGAUGAGGCCCCGCAUGAUGGCUGCCACCAAGCCCCUGAGAUGGCAGCUGCAACAAAGGCUGCAAGGACAACAGUUUAUGAACCAGACGAGACAAGGCGUGAAGAUGGACAGUGGCCCUGGAGGAGGAAUGGCAGCUACCCUACCGCAAACUGGUAUCGCACCUGGAAACAUGGGCAAUCAGUCUGGUUUUCUGAACGCUCAAAUGAUGGCACAGCGCAGCAGAGAGAUGAUGACUCUGCAGAUGAAGAGGCAGCGGAUGAUGAUGCUUAUGCAGCAGCAGCAGCAGCAGCAACAGCAGCAACAGCAGCAGAGCCAGGGACCAGCAGGAGGCUUUAGUCCACCUCCAAAUGUCAUAGCACCAGCAGGAAUUGACAGCCCUCUAAACCAGUCUGGGCAACAAAGCUUCAACUAUGGAGGCAACUAUGGUAUGAACCAACAGGGAGAGCCUUCUUUUAUGGCCACUCGAGGAAGUAGCUCAACAGGAAACCUGAGGCCAGGACGAAUGGCUGGCCCUGCCCAAAACAAUGUGAUGGCUGGAAUGCAAGGAAACCACCAGGGUGGGCCCAUGUACCCCUCUGCAGACAUGAAAGGCUGGCAACAGGGCACCAUGCCACGGAACAACUCAUACCCACAGCAGCAGUUCCCACAACAGGGGACUCCAGGACAAUUUGGAUCAAUGAUGAUAAACAAAGCCUCCAUGGGUGGACCGGGUCCUGUUGGUGCUGGUGCGGGGCAAAUGGGCCAGAUGCAAACACAAAUGGGCAUGAACCCAAUGGGAAUGGCUAGAAUGCCAAUUGGACCCGACCAGAAAUACUGUUGA